UCACGUGAUCUUUAUUUAUGUAACUUUGUGGUGUAACAUGGUAACCUGGAAAUACAGGAGGGUGACUAGUAUCCAGCAGAAGAAGAUAAUCCGCGGACCGAACCACCCACGAGAAUAUCUAACAUACUCCUGUUGGGUUUUUUGAAAUCGCUUGUUGCCUUUGGAUCGGUGAGAGGAGCGGCUAACUCAAAGGAGACUUGAGUUUUUUUUCUUUACCUGGUGGCGAGGGAAGCGCGUCAUGUUGCUAAAUGUUGUAAUAUAUCCGUGUGGACGAUUUGUCUCAGAACGCCUACAUUAGGUAAGCAAAGAAAAUGUGUGGAGUGGAGAUAAACUGCGGCUCAACUUCGACGGACAAAUAACGGGGUCAAGAGGGCGCGCGUUCACCCUUGCGGUGUGAUUCAUACGGUAAAUGCCACACCGUCGAGAAGGAAAGUCUUCACGUGUGCUCGGCGUUAAGGAGAACGCCAAUUGUGAUCGCGGGAUACUGUGCUGAGUGACACAACACCCCCACCAUGGAGCUGUUGGAAUGCCGACUCUGCCUCUUCCCGAUGUGGGAGCCGGUGACCAUUGCCUGCGGUCACACCUUCUGCAGGAGGUGCGCGGGGACCUACCUCCAGUCUAAAUGCACGACUUGUAAAGAGAGGUUAAAACAGAGGGAAAUGAGAAACGCGAAGAACAAUGUUUUACUCAUCCGUGUCAUUGAAAAGUGCUGGCCCGAGGAUGCAAAUAUUAAGUGCCAUUUGCAAGAGAAGCUCCGCGCCAAGCAAUACCAGGAAGCUUUACGCGUCGCAAACGACGGCAUACAGCAAGUCCCAGAAGACCCAAGUCUGAAGCUGUACAGAGUUGAAGCAAACUGUGGCCUACUGCGAUUUUCUGAUGCUCUGGCGGACCUUGACUACCUAUGCUGUCUUCGGCCUUUGUGGACUGAGGGCUUCUUUCGGAAAGGGAACAUACUGUUGGAAAUGGCUCAACAGACCGAAUCCCUCAUCCAGUUUCACCAUUGCCUCAAACUUCAAGCUGACUUUCUUCCUGCUAAGAAUCAGAUCAAGAAGAUCUUGGAGGCAGAGGGCAUCUCAGUGCCAGAGGAAGUCUCCUGCAUUAUGCGAGUGUUGGCUGAUUACUUGAAGACAUCCUACUCCAUGACAGGCCUCAGUGGCACCCAGGUAACACACCCACAUAGCGAUGCAGAGGGCAAGGAGAGGAGAGACGCAUACCGGGUGCGGUCUCCAGACGGGAGCUCCAAAGUGAAUCAUGACACCAGCACCGAGUGCUGCCUCAGCAUCUGCCAAGCUGUCUCCAUCCUGCCUGCCAGUGAAGACGAUGAGAAGGGAAUGACAAGGAAGGAGGAUGUGAAGGGCAGAGGUGCCAGUUUACACUGCAGAGAAAAAACUCUGAAUGUACUCACUGUGUCAGACUUCGAGUGCCCUCUCUGCAUCAGGUUGUUUCACGAGCCAGUUACCACUCCGUGUGGUCACACUUUCUGUAAAAACUGCAUCGAGAGGAGCCUGGACCACAACCUCCGCUGUCCGCUCUGCAAGCAGCCACUACAAGAGUACUUGAAGAAUAGGAAGUACAAUAUCACAGUUGUGGUUCUGGAUAUCAUGGACUGCCUUUUCCCCUCGCAGCUGGCUGAACGGAAACAAAUCCAUGAAGCAGAGAUGGCAGAACUGUCAAACCUCACUAAGGACAUCCCUAUAUUUGUUUGCACUGUGGCCUACCCCGGGGUGCCGUGCCCUUUGCACAUCUUUGAGCCUCGAUACCGACUGAUGAUGCGUCGCUGUAUGGAGACAGGAACGAAGAAGUUUGGCAUGUGCAGCUACGAACAUGGCAAAGGCUUUGCUGACUAUGGCUGCAUGCUGGAGAUCCUUAGCCUGGACCUACUGCCAGAUGGACGCUCCUAUGUGGACAGUGUGGGAAGCAACAGGUUCAGGGUUUUAAAAAGAGGUCUACGAGAUGGCUACCACACGGCUGAUAUUGAAUAUGUGGAGGACGUCAAGGUCGAAGGGAGUGAACUGGAACUCUUGCAGCAUCUUCACGACAGCGUCUACCAACAGGCCCAGGACUGGUAUCAGCGGCUUGGCGGCCGCAUGAGAGAACGGAUCAACAGACAGUAUGGAAUCAUGCCUAAUAUUGAGGAGAACAUUCAGGCCUCGUCCAACGGUCCAGCAUGGUGCUGGUGGCUGCUGUCUGUUCUCAAGCUGGACCCUGCCUAUGAAACUACAGUCCUCUCUCUUUCUUCGCUUAAAGACCGGCUAGGUCACCUCCGCCUCAUCCUUGAGUACUUCUCUCAGAGCUAAACGCAGCAGCCUGGUGGAAUUUCUGGGAUAAACGGCCGAGUGAGGGGUCAAUAUUACGUACAGUGCAUACAUAACACUGUACUUGAGUGAAGCUCAGAAGUUCUGACUUCAACUUAUGUCAGUUUUGGGGCUUAACUACUCUGAAAUACAAAGGGACUGUUUUUAUGGCACACCUCAAGGCCAAAUCAUAUGGCCAAAACCCUAAAUAGUAAUUUAUGAAAAGACCCUCAGACGUUAUUUAAAGCUUGUCUCUUACUCGCUUUAUAUCAUUGUGAAUAUGUGUGUGUGUACAUACUGUAUAUAAGGACUGUCACAACACACUUACAAUCCCUGCAGCAUCUUUUGCCACAUUCUUGUGUGGUUUAUAGCGAAAAGAGGCAUUUAACAAAUUCAAUUGAGCGCUAACUCAAAAUUGAUCCAUGUUACGAAUAAUUCGGGGUUGAAAGAGUACACAUGGAUACAACAGUUCCAUUACCAAAGUACUGCGUCAGAACGUUGGCGAAAACAAGUGCCAGAUGUUGUUUACUCUCCAGUUUUCGCACAAAAGGCUUCCAUCGACAAGCAGAUAAAGAAUGAGAAUGUCCUGAAUUACAGUUUCAGGUCGCUGUUGAAGAGCCGGUGAAAUUAUUGACAUACGAGAAAGAAAUAUUCAUUUCAGUACUGCAAUUAACAGUUAUUUCAAUAACAGAUUAUGUUGUUGAUUACUUGGUCGAUUAAUCGAUGAAUCCGAUUUAAAAAAAAAAAGGAGCAUGUUUUAAUUUGCAUCCCUUUAUUGAAAAACUGGACAUUAUUUCACAUAACAUUUCACAAAAUACACAAGCAAAUCUGAUUCACUUAAUGGUUUGGUCGGUGACAUGUCCGAAAAUAGGUAAAAUGUUGAUCAUUUUUCAAAUAAAAAGCAAAUGUUAUAUUAUGGGGGACUACAGAGAUCUGAUCAUAUUUACCGUUGAGAAGCUGAAAUCCCAGGCAUUUGUACUACUUGCGUUUUGUCAAUACAAUGAAUAAAGAAAAGAUCAAAAUGAUUCAUGGAUUAUCAAAAAUAAAUAUGGAUCAAUUUGAUGAUCGAUUAGUUCACGAUUAAUCGCUGCACCUCAAGUUUUUGGCUUUGCAGACUAAUUGUUCCGUGGCCAAGUUGACCUCUUGCUUGUCUUCUCUUAUCCCUGGCCGCCAUUUUGGAAUGCAUCGUUUUGUACUUUGGAAUAUGAAACUACCCACGUUUUGUAUAUGAGUGAUUGUUGCAAUAAUAGUGUUUGUGUUGUGUGGAAAUUUGCACCUACUUGAAGGCUGUUUUUAAUGAAAGCCAACAACCAGGUUUCUCACUCAUGUUGUUGAUCCCUUUUUGUUGGACAAUUAGGAUAUUGUCAUUUGACAGCCUUGUUUUUUUUUUUUAAAUUUAAGUACAGGAGUCAUUGUUUGAAUCGUCUGUCAUCUGUAAUAAGAUUAAUGUGUCAAUUUCAUUGACUGGCAACCUUUUGGUUUUACGAUGACGCUAUGAAGGCCAACAUGCCAGCUCCAUCUCGACUACUCAGCGUCAUGUACUGAGGGAAAACCGCUCGAUGAAAUGGCCAUGGUGUAAGUAGCGAUAGAUCUCCAUGGUGGUAAUCUACAAUAACGCCGAUGGCCCAAACAGUGUCCCAUCACUUGAGCAGGGGUCUCUCUGCCAUCAUUCAUAUUGGUUUGGAGUGCCUUUGAGUGUGAAAAUUCUGCAAGUCUUAAAGGUUGUACGUAACAUUAUAACAUAUAGUUGUCUUUGUGGCUUCAUUUUAUGUGCAUUAAGUGCUACAUUCCAUGGAUUGGUAAUUCGUAAAAGGUUUAACGGGCUAUAAGUAUACUUUUUUUUUAACCUCAAAUGUGCCAUACAUUGUGAGAUUUAUAGAAACACUCUUGAGUUCAUGUGUAUUUUGUAACAUUAAAAUGUAAAAUUCAAAUUACUGUUCGUGCUGGCCUUUGUAUGAUGAACCACACUUGCAAGUUUACUUGUUAACAGCUUCAGCUAUGCAAGUGUGAUUUGUCUUUGGAACAACAGAGCAAGACUUGACAUGUGCUAAAAUAGUGUAUUCUAUUGAAUGAAGCAUCAAUACAAUGAAAAGAUCGGUUGACUCAGUUGUGUAUGUGACUUUUUUCCUCACACUGGCCUGAGGAAAAAAAUUAGCACUUUUCAAGCAGCUAAAGCAACCAUAACAGCUCCUUGCUGACAUUGGCCUCGUUGGUGCAACACAAGUUGACGGUACUGAUGGCAAUCAUCCAUUGGUGGCUUCAUCUCACAUCUGGCAGUACAUUUGAGGUUUUUUUGUUUGUUUGUUUGUUUUCCAUCUUUUACCCACCAAAUGAUGCAGCUUUGCUGUAUUACACUUGGCCUCUCUUUUAUGAAUAAUGUGCAGUAGUACCAGUUUUCAUUGCAAUUGAAGAACACACUUUUGCGCUUGUGUAGGAUAUGUUAAGCAUUUGGAUCAGCAAUCGCAUAUACCGGUAGUAUUUGGUGAAUGCAGGCUCAAAAAUAUAUACGGAACCUUUGCAGGGAUAGCGGUUUCUACAGUGGACAGUUAUCAGGUUACAGGUUAUCAUUGUUGGUGCAUGAAAGGGUUCAUUUUAAUUAUAAUUUUUAAUUCGCAUUCUGUUUUACCUUUACAGACAAUCAUUAACUUCCAUGUAACUGGACUACUGAGUCACUGUCCUGGAACAAUUUUCAAAAAAUGUACUUUCACCUCAAUUAAUUGUACACGGACACAAAUAAAA